ACAUGGCGGUGUGCGGAAACAGCUCGUUUUGACACAGCAGUGCAUCUGGGUCAGCACACAUCUGGGUCAGACACCUUUAGACCCGAUCAAUUUCCGCUUCCCACACCGUAGUACGAAAAUUUGUAUCGUCGCAAUGCGUCAUUGCAAAAUUGCCACCAUGUCACCAAGCACAGCUGCGAUCGUGCUGUACUGCGCAGCCGCGGUGUCGGCUUUCACCAGCCUUCCACAUGUGACGCGCACGCGUCCUGUGGCUGAUUGCUUCGGAGCCCCAGCAGCCAGCUGCGGCCGGAGCCGAUGUACGAGCUCCAUGUCAGGCGCUCGCGAAGAUGCUACCAGUGACUUCGAUCCACUCUGCUUGUCCGGCUCGGACAGCGGCAGCUCACCCAGCAGGCGGAGAAGACUGUUACAACCGCAAGUUGCAGCAGGCGGAGGAGGCCGGAGAGCCGCGGCGGCGGGUGCGCUCCGCGCGACGAAGAGAGAAGUUGCCCCGGGAGCAAGGGCACCAAGAGGGCAAGGUGGAGCACCUAAGAAGGGCGCGCUGAACGCGAUAAAGAUUGGCGUAAGUGGACUAGAGGAGGUACAGAAAGGGGCGGCAGUGACGGAGGAGACACAGCAGCAGCAGCGUCAGCAGCAGCAGCCCACGGAGGUUGCCACGGGGUGGGAGUACUGGAAGUAUCGAGCCCUCUUGCUUGGGGUUGCUCUGCUCUGGGGCACCAACUUCCCUGCGGUCAAAUUUGUCGAGCAGCAUGGCGAGGUGUCCAACGCUACGGCGGCGUUCGUGCGGUUCGCGAUUGCUGCGGGAGCAUCUCUACCCUUCGCUGACUACCGCCAAAAAGAGGUUUUAAUCGCAGGCAUGGAGAUAGGGGUGUGGGUUGCUCUCGGGUACUUCACUCAGGCCAUCGGCUUGGAAACGUCGGAUGCCUCCGUCUGCGCCUUUCUCUGCAGUUUGACAGUGGUGGUCGUCCCAUUGCUGGAUGCUGUGACUGGCAAGGGCAUCAAGCGCGUGACGGUAGCGGCGUCUUUGCUUGCCCUCGUCGGCACCGGGUUUCUUGAGUUGGGAGAUGCCCACGCGUCUUGGAACGAUCUGUGGUGUGUGGCUCAGGCCGUCGGGUUCGGCGUGGCUUUCACACGGAUUGAGCACUACAUGGAAAAGUUCCCGGGGAAGAGCUUACAGCUGUCGAUCGGGCAGCUGAUUUCCGUCGCCGCACUGACAGGAAUCUGGUGUACGUUUUCAGCCGGCGGCCAUCUUCCGGAUUUCAGCUUCGUCAAAGAUCCUCAAAUUUUGGCUGCUUUGAGUUACACCGGGCUAGUGACCACCUCGCUCGCUAUUUGGCUGGAGACCGUUUGCCUGGAGAAAGUUCCUGCGGCUGAAAUGAGCGUUAUUUUUAGCACGGAGCCUCUGUGGGCCACGCUGGUGUCGGUGCUGUUCUUGAAAGAGACCAUGGGGCCGAAUGCCCUUGUUGGAGCGGGCGUAAUUCUUUUGGCGUGCUUGGUUGCUCAAAGCGAGCAAAUAUCGGAGCUGGUGGGCAUGGGGGGGGGCAAGGGCAACGACACGCUCAUGGACGCAGAAGCAACGGAUGCGGAAGAAGGCGCGGAGGAACCGUUUCAGCUCCAAGAAACGGAAGAAGUUAACGACGUCGAUUUCCCCUCGUCCGUGUUGGACGAAAUGGUGGGCGUGACGGAGGAAUCAGACUCGGAGUCGUCCUUCCGCAUGUCAAUGGUGCAGGAGAGCACUGUGCCGGGUGGUAUCUACGGGGAAGGCCCCGCGUUCGCGGGAGAAGAGGGUAGCCUUCGCAACAACGAGAACAAUGUACCGGCGGCGACCCCGGUGGGGUGGUUUGGAUCCUACGGAAAACACAAGGAAACCACUUGAUGAAACGUGGUGUAGGCUGCCGCAUGUUCCACGCAAUGCAGCCUCUUGCUGUCGAGAGUGUCCAAGGGGUUGAACCAUGUUGGACGUGUUCUCAUGAAGGUCGUACAAUGAAUGCUUGAUGUCAUUGAGGUUUAGAGUCGCCAGCUCUCCUCUGAAAUAGAAAACUGCUCUUGGUUCUGCUGUUGACACGUUUUGGUUUGUUUUGUGUUUUGGGGCUGGUGAUUUGUUGUGAGUGAAGUUGUGGUGGACUAUUCGAGAAAAAUGCGAGCGAUUCUGCAGGCUGGGGGUGUCGUUAGGAGCGGUACAGACGUGUGUUUCCUUUGCUGUAUGCAUAUGAACAAAAAGGGACUUGACAUAAAACUUGGGGUAAUCUCUAUCGUGACCUUGACGCUGCACUUUACGUCUUCCGGUUGUCUUGCGCAUUUGUUGUGUGGUAGGAGCGAACGAUGAACGGUUCGGGAGUUAUUUUUUGUUCGCCACCGGUUUGUCCACCUAUGUACUGUCAUGUUGUGACUUCUUGAGGCAAAUGACUGCUUGGCGAGCCGCAACGAUGUAGUUUUCAAUGGAGCUGUGUACGAAACCGACAUUACUUCUCGUGGUAUCUGAUAGGGUCGAUAUUUACAUGCAGUGUGGGUGUACAUGCAGUGUGGGAGUUAAUAUUUUAUCGAUUAGUCGACGAGAUGGUUGCGAUCAAUAUUUCGCGUUUAAUAAAGGGGUGUCCUAGAGAGAGUCGUUGUAGCUAACAGGGGAGUGAGUGCUGCUGCAGACGCGCGUUGCUACUCUUGAGCGGAAGCAGAGUUGAAUCUUUCCGUGUGCCGGACUGCAAUUAGUACAAACAAGUAGUUGCGACCAACGAUCUCGGUUCUCAUUUUCACACAAGCGUGGCCUCUAUGCAUGCAUACGCUCAAUACGACUUUGGAGGCACAAGGGAGGGCGAAAAAAAUGUUCCCCAACCGAAAAUUUGGGUUUCUACAAUAUCCCGGCUAAGGCUGAAAUACGGCGUGAUUGUUUUGGAGAUGUUUUUUCUCUCGGUCGGGGAGGGGUGGCCUGCACGGCCAUACAUCCGACCCACACCAUACCCAUCCAAAUAUUACACGCUGGCUGCACCAAUCAAUGCAUAACCACGUCAGCACAACACGGAAGGAUAAAAAUGAUCUGUCUUGGACUCCUGCCUUGGAGAUGGAUUCGUUGUGUCAUAUUAAGAAAAUACUUUCAAGUAUAAAAUGUUCUCCCGUGCCCCUCUACGUCCUACAACAGUAAUGAUACCACCCAUACACACACCGUGGUACAGUCGAGGGACCUUUAUAGUGCCGGUAUGUGUCGAGAGGUUUCACCGGCACUAAACCGGCACUAUUGCGAAUAAUGCCAAAACGGCACUAUUGAAGGCUAGCCAACCCCUCAUUAGUGCCGGUCUGGCACUAAUGAGAACGUGUGCGAGUUACGGUGUAGCGUUCACGAUUGCGGGGCCAAGUCAGUACUGCUGUAGUGCGAAAUGGAUCGACACUGCUGUUAUGUGAAGCUCUAGUGUAGGCCUGGGCAGACUUCUUUCCCGCGACACGUGCGGUGUCACCCUGUCGAGCCCACAAGAGUUUUGUAAAAUAAGAUCGUUGCAUUUCGGGCUACAGCAGUGCCUCACCAAGGCUAGUCGACGGCGAAAGGGAAACACACAUCAUGCACCCGAGUAGGCUGUGACCGGC